GAUGUCUAAAGCAGCAUUCAGAUCAUGCAAUGUGCUGUGGUGUACCUGAGCAUUAUCUUCCAUCGUGCAAUCACAGAUGGAGGCGUUCUUGUGAAUCACAUAGGUUGGGGUGGGUCGAGUUGUCGUUUCUGUGGACGGAGAAGUAUAUGAUGAUGUGUUUACCCCUCCUCGCCUUCAUGUUUCCUGAUACACGAUCCAUAUCCGGACAAAGACCUCCCCAGAGCCCAGCGAGCAAGUAUCAUUGUGAUGAUUAUUAUGAUUACACAAAUUACAUAGUUGCCAUUCAAACCAUCUCACGAGACCAAAGCGGGCGCAUGAAUCGGCAACUACCGAUUGUUACCGCUUUAUCGCUCAGAUAAGGACUGUACGGUCCACUGUCUAGCUGCUACUACAACAAUCUCCAAGACCAAUUCUCUCCUCAUAUAAACUCAUUAUUUCACCAUUUUACCAUUUCGCCAUUUUUCCAGAUCUACACAUUAUCAAAUCCUCAAACCGAAUACUUACCUCCUUCCUUCACCCAGAAUUAAAUCUCGUAAACUCGAACGUCAAAAUGUCUAGUCCUAGACGGAGGAUCGAGACUGAUGUCAUGAAGUCAGUAUCUAUGAUUGGAGAAGUUAUUUUUUCGAGGAUCUCUAGCUAACAGUGUGAUUAUAGGAUGUAUGCGACACCACUUCACAGCCAGUCCGAUUGAUUUAUGCUUCAGUGCUUACCAGGAGUAUAGGUUGAUGUCGGAUUAUGAGGUGACUCUUGUGAAUGACAAUAUGUAUGUAAUAUGUUGAGGAGAACUUUGGAAUCAGCCACUCAUAUAAUGACAAUAAUAGGCAAGAGUUCUAUGUCCGCUUCAAGGGACCAGCAGAGACACCAUUCGAAGGCGGACUCUGGAAAAUUCACGUCGAACUUCCAGAUCAAUACCCCUACAAAUCCCCCAGCAUCGGCUUCGUAAACCGCAUCUUUCACCCCAAUAUCGAUGAGUUAUCCGGUUCCGUGUGUCUCGAUGUUAUAAAUCAAACUUGGUCGCCAAUGUUCGAUAUGAUCAACAUCUUCGAAGUGUUCCUUCCACAAUUACUUAGGUAUCCAAAUCCAACCGAUCCGCUCAAUGGAGAGGCCGCCGCACUACUUAUGAGGGAUUCGAAAGCGUAUGAUCUAAAGGUUAAAGAAUAUGUAACGAAAUACGCAAGCAAAGACGCAGCAGACGAUGCGGGCGCCGACGAAUCAGAUGAUGAUACCAUGUCCUCGGUAGCUAGUUUCGACGACGACGAUGAUAAUGAAGAGGCAGCGGGUACAAUGGAGGAAAUCUAAGUACACCUCAAUCGUUGGCGAACAGUUUGGCUGGUUCUAAAUACGGAUGGAUGGAUGGAUAUUUUAUAAAGGCAUUCGCAUUUCACGCAUAUUUUCACGGGUGUUCAUAUGGUCUGGUUAUGGAUACUUAUUUUCAAUGGAUAUUGAUGCAGGGCUUAGGAGUUUGAUUGAAGUGCAAAUAUUUUGAUUGGGCGGGGUAUACAUGGGCCUCUCUACUCAAUUUCCUUUCUUCUCAUGAUCUUUUUGAGGGUUUCGAGAUGCGUGAAGUAAGGCAUCGUUGAUUAGGUUGUGAAGGUGGAUGUGGAGGUGGAGGUGAUGGAAUGGUGAAGUUUUAGCGUGUUCACUAUCUAACUAGUAGAUAGAUAGGCAGGUUAGAAAGCGGGCAGGAUGUUAAGAAAGAGAAUUCAGCGGAUGCUAAAUAUUUGGUUAAAGUUUGAUAUUUGA